CAGAAGACCAUCAGCUGCCAGUCUGUUCCCCAUCAGAACAGGUUAUUCUGUUAACCUUGGUACUUAGCUUGAAAAAGUUAAAAACCAUAACAGUCUAUUCACCCCCCCCUAGACUGUUACCUCGAUAACCGGGACCAACAUGUUUUUUUUGAUGUUUUUUUUUUAUUUUUUUUUCAUGAUGUAUAUAUUAUUAUUUCACCAAAUUUUAGUUUAAAAUUAAAUCGAGAAGUCAAUUAAAUAUAUUAUUGAAAAACACUCCGCCAAAAUGUAUACAAAAACACUCUCCCCUGCAUGCAUUCACUCCCCAGUCUAUACCCCGGUGGUCACUCCAAGACACGGUAUCAGAGUUAUUCUCCGAGUGCGGAUAGUGGAGAGUAAGACAAUGAAGAUCAUCAAAAAUGUUGGUGUGGUUGUUGGUGUGGCUGUUGCAGCAUGGGGUAUAACAAAGCUGUUUGGUAGUUUCGGACCGAAUGAGCUAGUUUCAAACCCCGAACAAAGAAAGAAGAUGAUGAAGAAUCCAGGAAGGCCUCACCAACUCAUUGAAAGGAACGGGUUUGAAUCAGCACCAGCAGUGCGCUUCAAGAUGAAUCGUGAGCUGAAGAAAGCUGAGAAAUUGGCAAAGGUUGCGCUAGGCAUCAAAUAAAAGUAUUAUAUCGAGCUAGGUAUUAAUUGGUUUAGUUUGAUGUUGUCCACAUACAAGACAAUGACCACUUUUGUAAUGGUCUUCUGCAUUCUCAUACUUUGUGAAGUUAUGUCACUUGAGACAAAUCACCCUCUAGUUUCAUGGUCAGAUUACCCUGC